AUGGCAGACCGCGCAGUCUUCAAAAGCAGAAUGGACGAGUUCACUGCAGAGUAUCUGGCCAGGGAACAGCAUGACGAGGCGCAACGCGAAAAAGAGCAACCUCACCCAAUGGUCGAUGCCGAGCCGACCACACCAACACCGAAAGCUAGGUUGAGAACCGGGUUUGCUACUUUUCGCGAGAAGGCCAGCGUUCAGGAUCGCUUGGUGGAGAAACUACUGCAGCAAGUCAUCCCGACCGACGAUGAGGGCAGCGAUGUGCCCAUCAUUGGGGACGACAAGGCGCCUGCCUUUGCGCAGCGACCGAAUUUCAACAUCACAACCAUGUCGAACAACUUCCGUCGAUUCAACGCACGAAUAGGAGUGGUAUUCAAGUUCCAGUCAAAAGCUCUGCGCAUCCUCUCUUGGCACCAGCCUUCGCAGACCAUGUCAUUGCUUGCCGUCUAUACGUUCAUCUGUCUCGAUCCAUAUCUGCUCUCCGUCGUGCCGAUUGCCAUACUCGUGGUUGGCGUGCUGAUACCAGCUUUCCUGGCGAGGCACCCGGCUCCUCCAAAAGGGACACUGUCCAGCGAACAAGGAGUAGGAUACUCCCCGCGAGGGCCACCGUUGGCGCCCGCGCCUACUGUGCGCCCGGUCAAGGAACUCAGCAAAGAUUUUUUCCGCAAUAUGAGAGACCUACAAAAUUGUAUUGGCAUGGGGCAUCCAACCAUUGCUCGCCUGCUGGUUGCGACACACGAAGAGCACAUACAGCCUCGUAAGGUCCAGGCCAGGACGUGGCUCGACAACUGGAUUGCUAACGACGUGAUCCUUGACUCUGCGCCAGAAACACGCGAAGUAGAGGUGUUUGAGCUGCAGAGGAUGUCAGAUGCAGGCGAAUGGGAGCCCUGGCUCUUCACGCCAUCUCCCUACGACCCUCUGUCACAAGCGCGCAUCACAGGCGAUCGCCCAAGGGGCGCUAGGUUCUUCGAAGAUGUCCUGGCGCCGGAGGGUUGGGAGUGGAGCGAGAAGAAAUGGGCUUUAGACCUGUGGAGUCGUGAAUGGGUUGAAGAGCGGAUCAUCACGGGCGUGGAGGUCGAAACGGAGGGUGAACGGUGGGUGUACGACAUGCACGAUGAGCGAGAAGAGCAGGUGGGUGUUGUCGAAGCCCCCCAGACGAGCAAACUGAAGGUGUUGCCGCAGACUAGUUGGCAAGAGGGCGAGGACGCUGUCGUUCGUCGUGGCGACUGGCGCAGAAGGAGAUGGGUGCGAUUAGUCAAGAGGCGCGUAACCCCAGCAUUCACUGCUUGA